GGGCACUACGCGGAGCGGGUGGGCGCCGGCGCCCCGGUGUACCUGGCGGCCGUGCUGGAGUACCUGACGGCCGAGAUCCUGGAGCUGGCGGGCAACGCGGCCCGCGACAACAAGAAGACGCGCAUCAUCCCCCGCCACCUGCAGCUGGCCAUCCGCAACGACGAGGAGCUCAACAAGCUGCUGGGCAAGGUGACCAUCGCGCAGGGCGGGGUGCUGCCCAACAUCCAGGCCGUGCUGCUGCCCAAGAAGACCGACAGCCACAAGGCCAAGAGCAAGUGA